GGACUGAAGCAGAUCACGUCUUGGGCUGAAGAAAGGGGGGCUUUGACGGACUCCCAGGAUUCUCUGCUCUUGGAUUUGUUUGCCCCUGGCACAAGUCCCAGAUUCUCACUGGCUCUGUCUCCAUUUUGCAGUCGGAACAGUCUAGAGACCUGUGACCAUGUUAUCUGCUCUGCGCCUGCGCUCGGCCCUCCUGCCCCAGAUCCGGCUUCUGGGACCCCACAGCCUACGAGCAGCUCAUUCACAUGAAGGACAAGUUUCUAGGUCAGACGGCUCGGAGCUGCUGUAUUACGACCAUCGAGCUUUCCCUCUGCCCGACAUUCCUUUUCAGACGGAGUUGAGUUCCCAACAAGUAACCCUAAAGGAGAGAGAGCGGGGCCCAUGGAAGCAGUUGAGCCAGGAGGACAAGAUUUCAUUAUACCACAUCAAGUUUAACCAGACCUAUGCAGAGAUUAACAGACCCAGCAAUGAAUGGAAGACUGUGUUCGGUGCCAUCUUUAUCUUCUUUGGGCUCACAGGUCUGAUUGUGUGGUGGCAGAGAGUGUAUGUCUAUCCUCCCCAGCCACAUACUCUGGCAGAUGACUGGAAGGCCAUGCAGAUACGCAGGAUGUUGGACAUGCGAGUUAGCCCCAUCCAGGGCUUCUCCUCCAAUUGGGACUAUGAGAAGAAUGAAUGGAAGAAAUAGAUGUAAUGCUACAAAAAUAAGGGCCAGGGCAUAUCAACCACAUGGAGUAGUGACAAACUGUGGCACAAGCUGCUCCUGUAGGUAACCUACAUCUUACCUGGCAGGGCAUCUGCACUUUGCCAAUACCCAUUACUCACCAGUGUAAUCUGCUCAUAAUCAGUGUACUGUGUACCCAAAUCUCCUGCCACCUUCCAUGGCUCUUACUAAAUAAACUAUAAAUAAAGGCAAA